AACUAGGUCGCAGAAAGCAACACAUUAAAAACCCAAAACCCAACCCCAUUGAAAUGACAAUAUUAUCACUAUCAGCCUUAUUUUGCUCUCCAAUUAGAGCUCUCUAGAGCCUCAUCCUCCUCCGCAACCAAAACCCCAACACACUCUCUCCCUCUCACUUCUCAGAGAGAGAGAGUCUGUGACCUAAGAGUUACUGAGAUUCAACGAAACAAAGAGCAAAGCCAAACACAGAAGUUCAUCAGGCGUAAACUCAUAAAUAGUUCUUUUUAGCCAACAAAAUUGAUGGCAAUUUCACCUUGUGGAAGUACAUGGGUUGCUCAAUGGGGAAUUCGCCCUCAGUGUAUGCUGAGGUCUUAUGUCACAAACAAGAUUCCAACAUCCCGAUAUUGUACUACAAGCAGUAUAAGCUUUUUGUCGGCACCAAGUUCAAGCUUAUUUUCUCGUGGUUCCUUCCCUGUGGUAUCGUAUCCAGGGUCAUCUCAAACUUCACAACGUCGUAGGGGUGCACGUUUCACAGUUAGAGCAGAUUCUGAUUUCUAUUCUCUUCUUGGGGUGUCAAGAAAUGCCAGUAAAUCUGAAAUUAAAAGCGGUAUAUACAAUUUUUACCCUUUUGGCAGAUUGUUCUAUGAACUUCUUUGCUUUUAUGUUCUUGCUUGAAUAGUUGCCAAUUCAUCUUUGCAAUGGUUAUACAAGUUGUCACUUAAUGGCUUUAAGAUUAACUGUAUGCAGAGAGAUCAGGCCAAUUAGAGUAGACUUCUCCAUGUUUAUUAGCAAAGCAAAUACUUCAAUAUUAUGCCAUGCAACUCAUUACUAUCUCAUCCCUAUCCUUAUUAAUUUGACUGAUGUUGCUUUGGAGUUGUUUAUGGAGUUUGGCUUCCCCUCCCCAUUUUUUUCUUUUUUUGAAAAAGGAGAACAUUUAGACCUUAUAGACUUUGCAGGAGAGA